CCAUUGGACGGUCGAGAUUAAUUUACAAAGAAGAUGGACGGUCACUGUUGAUAUAGGAGUCCCAAGUUGUCUAGAGGACGGAUGGUUGAUGGGGUUUUAAGGAGGUUUUAAGCAGAAAAAGAGUCCACCAAGAGCUCCGCCCCUAAAAUAAUUGUGUUCAAUCCCAUUCAAGGAAUUCUGUUCUCCGAUGAACCCGAGCGAAUCUUUGAGUGCCGGAAUGUCGUCAUCGGAAUCUAAAACCCUAGAAGCCAAAUCGGAAGCUUCAGAAAAUCUAACGGCAACCGAACCCUCGAAUCCUUCAAUUGAAGAAGAAAACCUAGGAGAACAGACCCAAGAAGAAGAAGAGGAAGAGGGAGAGUGCGGGUUUUGCUUGUUUAUGAAAGGAGGUGGGUGCAAGGAGAGCUUCAUUGCUUGGGAGAAGUGCAUUGAAGAAGGGGAGAACAACAAGGAGGAUAUCGUGGAGAAGUGUUUCGAGGUGACCGCCGCUCUGAAGAAGUGCAUGGAAGCGCAUUCCGAUUACUACGAGCCGGUGCUUAGAGCGGAGAAGGCAGCGGAAGAGGAAUUGGAGCGCGAAGUAGCGUCGAGGGAUUCAGAGCAAAAUAAGGAAGAUGCUAAUCCGGAGGAAGCAGUUUCAAAGGAAAAAUAAGGUUAUUUGAUUCAGAGUUUCAAAAAAUUCAUUGUCUUAGGUGGCUAGGUGAUUACUCACAGUGAUGAUCCGCAGUGGAAGAAAUUUCCGGUUUUUUGUUGUACCUUAUGGUGAUAGCCUGGGGAUUCCUGGAGGUAACCAAGGGUUAUUGAGAUUAAGUUGACCUUUUUUAAUGGCACUUUUCUUUUGUUCGGAAUUAAGAAUAAGUGGAUGCUGUUUUUUGCUCCAAAAAAUUGAGUUCUUUUUAUAAUAUUUUUGUUUUUGUUGGGAUUCUUGGGAAUUAAGAAUAAGCGGAUGCUGUUUUUUUGCUCCAAUUCAUUCAAAAGCAUUCAUAUUUC